UAAGUCAUGUGGUGAGACUCAACUGCCUCAGCACAAACUAGUCAGAAAAUGGGGCACGUCAAGCUACCAGGCAAAGCUACCACAUGCAUCUGGAUGUUGCUUUUUCUUCUCUCUGCAAAAACAUCUCAUGUUUUGACUGAGAUAUUCAUGCAGACCCCCGGCAAAGUGGAGGUGAUGGUGGGUCAAUCUGUAACACUGAAGUGCCAUUGCAAAGGUGCUGUUACUUCUUUUGGCGGUGAACGUGUUUAUUGCCAUUCUGUCAGCUGGCUGAAAGUGCAUCCAGCAACUGGGAAAAUGGAAACCGUCAGCUUUGAUAACUCCAAUGACAUUGAUGAAGCAUGUGAAGUAACGAUUACCAGCGCAACUCAGACACAUUCUGGCAUGUAUUAUUGUUUGGUGAAACCAGAUCGGUACACUCUGCAUGGCAAUGGAUCCGCUGUCAUUGUUACUGAAAAUCUUGAUGUCUCAGUGGAACUCGUCUCGUCAUCGGACAGUGGAAACAGCACAACCUUGUUCAUCUGCAGGGUAGAAGGGGUCACUUCAUCAGAAGGCCGCAUCGUCUGGAUUGUAAACGAUGAGGAACAUUUUGGGUUGACUGAAUCUGUUUGGUCAGAGGGGAGGGAGAUGUCCCAGGGCCUCCUCUGGCUGUCGGAUUCUGACUGGCAAUCUGGAGCCCAGUGUAUAUGCUCGGUGGAAACCAGUGGCCAAAACAUCAACAAGACCCUUCACUAUAUAGACUCGUCUUCGUGGUCCUCCUACCUGGUCUAUGGAAUCUUCAGUUCAGGACUCUUUGCCAUUGUCAUGGCCAUCUUCUCUGCAGUGGUUUUCUGUCAUGGUCGGAAGGUUAGUGGCAAAAGACGACAGACUGAAAACAGAAGGCCAGAUCAUGGCAACCGUGGAAGACAUGACAUAAGAUCAUCUGAAAUGGAGGUGCAGUAUGCCACUCUGGAUCAGAUCCAUUUGGAACAGGCAUCCAGAGCGCGAGUUAAGUAGAUCUGCAAAGACUCAUCACAUCAUCAGCCAAUCCAAAGUCCUCAAGUGGAUCUGCAAGGACUCACAUCAGCCAAACCAAAGUCCUCAAGUGGAUCUGCAAGGACUCACAUCAGCCAAACCAAAGUCCUCAAGUGGAUCAGAUGAAUUAUGUGACUCUGCAUAUUGUUUCCGUAAUCCGGAAAGCAAACUUUCACACCCAUCAUAGACCAACUAUUUUGCCUUUUCUGAGUGCAGAAGAGUCUUGGUCCUGUAUUGGCACUACCUGACUUCCAGGGAAACACAUACUGUACUGUAGUAUUCAUGUGUUACCAUAGAGUUAUCAUAUCUGUAUAAUGAUAACUAUGAUGAGGUGUGAGGAAUGAAGUGAAGGUGUAUCUAGCCAAGUUUGCAGCAUUGAUAUGUUAACCAACCCAAAGCUAUUUUUUAACUUAAGCAGAAUUCAAAGUCUUUGGUUAAGCGUAUAGAAAAAUGGUAAUUGGUCAGUGUAGUUUCGCUUCUGUCAGUCACAAAAGAUGCGUGUGAGCACACAUGUGUGAAGUUUGAGACUCUCCAAAAAAUUGAUGUCUCAACUGCUUGACAUAGUGAGUAAAUGUCUUCAUUGAAUUAUACCUCUUAAUACAUUCAUUUCUGAACACGACCCCACCUGCAGGUUGCCUGAAUGUGUGCACCUCUACACUUUCUCCCUUUGCAACAUUGCUUAUAUGAGAUGGGAAGACAGAACAGCAACAAAAACAACAAAAACAACAUUCAUAUUUUAGCUUGCCUUUUAAAUGUGCAAUUGAUCUGUUGUAUGCCAUAAUGUUUGUAAAUCAUAAUACUUGCCUGUCUGUCUCUCAGUGUUUUGUGUGCUUAAAGGGAUAUUCCGCCAUUUGUGGAAAUACGCUCAUUUUCCACCUU